AUGGGUAGAAACAGAGCAUUUGGUAAGAUUCAAGAAGACAGGAAGAAGACGAGCUUCUUCAAAAUUCUUGCUGAUGAAGAUCUAUCAUCCGAAGCCAUGAGGUUCAAUCCACAAAAGUUCUGGAGAGGAAGUGUAUGCAAGAACAUCCCACAUAAGGUGAUCUUGAAGGUGGUUUGGGGAAGAUCUUGGAAAGUUAAACUCUCAAAAUUCAUGGGAUCCUACCUUAUGGAGAAAAAUGGAUGGGAGAAGUUUCUAUACGACAAUAAAUUAGGAGACAGAGAGUUUCUGACAUUCACAAACGAAGGAAACAAUUGUUUAACCGUUAACAUCUUCGAAAAGAAUUGUAAAGAGAUUCUCCAGCCACAAAGAACUACAACUACAGUCAUUGCUUCUUCUUCCUCCAAUGUUAAGAAAGAAGAGAUGAGCUGCGUAAUAGCUGAAUCUACUGGAAGAGGAGCAAAGAGAAAGAAUAAGAGAAAAGCUGGUAAUAAUGUCUAUGGAGCUUCUUCAUCUUCCUCGGCUGCAACAUUCAGUCUCACCAUCAAGCAAUCACAUCUCCUAGUAUUGAUAAUACCGAAUGAUUUUGCAAAGAUGCAUAUGCCGAAGAAGACAGCUAAGCUUAUCAUACAUGACCCCAAGGGAAAGUCAUGGAAGGUGGUCUACUUUUGCAGUAAUAAGACGAAAAUAUUUUCUAGCGGAUGGCGGAUUCUAGCGAGGGAUUACGGUUUAGCGGUUGGAGAUGUCUGCACUUUCAGACUCAUUAAACCCAAAGAGAUGGUUCUUCAAGUUUCACAUGCGUCUCCAUGA